AUGUGCGCAAUUCCGGUGACAGUGCUCUCAGUGGUACACCAAUCGAUCAAAUUCUUCAGUACUUCCAUAUGCCACUCAGUUGGGGGUACUGGUGUGGUGGUUGCGAGCUAA